UAAAUUUUGAUCUUUUAUAGAGUAAUGAACAACUGUCAAAAAUAGUUGAACAAGCAAAAGAACAGUAUAUUAUUCUGUACCAAGAAAAGAUUUCAGAAGCCAAUCAACUUGACAACCACAAGAARGCAAUGGUGGGCAAACCCAAGGAGGCUGAAAAGAUAAAACAAUUGGAUGAAAAGUUAAAAGCCAUCCAGCAAGAACUUAAUGUUAAAGGGAAUGAGCUCACUGUCACAAAGAGAUUGUCAUUGUAUAACCAGUUGUCAAAUCACUACAAAAGGUUGACUGAGAUUCAGAAGAGUAUUAUUUUAGAAAUCAAUAAUUGGACAAGUUGCCAGCAGAAAUCCUUAUCUGGUUGGCCAAAGCCACAAUCACUUGACAACUUACAGCCAUUGUGUGAAUCACAAACAGAGUUGCUCUGCAGGCUUUAUCAACAUAUUUUAAAGCUUGACAAUAUGUUUCGACCAGCSUUGUCGCAGGAUAAAGGAGAGUUAGAAAGAAUUGACACCUUGAAAUCAAACRCAAGAAGUUUGUUGUCACAUUUUUUAAACAAAUGUUUUGUGAUUGAAAAACACCCUCUACAAGUACUGAAGACCAAUACUAAAUUUGGUGUCACACUAAGACAUUUGAUUGGCGGUAAAUUGAAUGCUCAUGUCUACCCACCAGAUGUUACUUGUACUCUUGUAUCUGAAAAAUAUGUAAGGUCACUCUAUCAAUCUAAAGGCAAAAUAAGCCCACCACCACAAGAUAAAAAUAUUUUAAACAACAAAAAGGCAAUGGAAUACAACCAAAAGACUAACACAUUUGCUGUUGAAUUCAAAAACUUGUCUGUAACACGAGCAAAUCGACAAGGWGGCAAGAAGGAAGAGAGUGUAUGUGAGGAAAAACGAUGUUUGCAGUUUGUCUCAGAAAUCAACAUAGGUCGGGAAAAGUAUACAGUUAUGACCCUCUCCUUUCCAACGGUCAUCACUGUCCAUGGUAACCAGUCCCCUGAUGCUGAAGCAACCAUCAUCUGGGACAAUGCAUUUGCUGCCAGUAAUCGUAUACCAUUUGAUGUUCCUGACAAGGUAUCAUGGCCACAGUUGUCUGAGGCUUUGAAUAGACGAUGGACUUUGUCCAAUGAACGAGAACUCAGCGAGGAAAAUUUAUUAUACAUUGCAGGGAAACUUUUUCCAGGCGUUAGUAAGGAAGACCUACAAACCCGUGAGGUAUCCAGGGCUGAGUUUAGCAGAGAACAUUUGAAUGGUAGAACUUUUACAUUUUGGAAAUGGUUUUAUAGCAUUCUUGAUGUUGUGAAAAGAAACAUGCUGGAAGAAUGGCGAGAUGGAAUUAUUUAUGGUUUUAUCAGUAAGCAAGAUGCUCAAGAUGAACUUCUAAAGCAUCGUCCAGGGGUUUUCUUGGUUCGGUUUAGUGACAGUGAGCUUGGUGGUGUUACAAUUGCCUACACAGUUCCAUCAGGUGAAGUAUGGAACCUGUCUCCCUGGACAAACAACAGCCUUYUAAUGAGAAAAUUCUCAGACAGAAUUAAAGAUUUGGAGUCACUUACCCACCUUUACCCAACUGAACAGCUAAAAGAUGASGCUUUUGGCCGACAUUAUAGCGAAGAUGAGAUAGAUGUACARCUUUCACCUGGAGAAUAUCGUGAUACUGUUCUGGCCACUAAAGUCAAAGGGGAACCAGGUACUGGCACACCAAUGGCUAGUCCUCUACACCCAGGAGCUCAAGGACAUGUGGACUGCAUCGCCAUGGCUGUUACUAGUAUCAUGAAUUCCCCUCCUUCUGUUAGUGGAGACACAACUUGUUUUGACAUCGGUCAUGAAGAAAUCGUCACAAGUGAAGAAAAUGAUGAAACUAUCGAGAUGUUUUCAAAUGCACUGAUUGCAGAAGCUGCUAACUUUGGUCCUGGCUUUCCUCAGCAACCUUUUACACCAAGUGCUAUUACUGAAGAUCAAUGGCCGUUGUCUUUUAACUGAAGGCAUGUGCCAUCAUAGUCAACAGUUAAACAUAGCAACCUUUAGCUGCAAAAAUGUGUGAACCAAACMACUGACWUGCUGUAGCUCACCRGAGCAGCUACUGCUAAAGGUGAACAUUGUGUAGUCUGAAGAUAGCAAAAGGAAGCUUACCAUAUUUGUUUAAUACAGUGAAUUAUCAGGCAGUAUGAAAAGAGUUGAUAUUCUAUGUACAGAAGCUAAAAUGAGCUUGAACAGUGGCUUACAACACAGAACAUACYCAAAUUAUGUUUGAAGUGAAAACAUCAAAGAUUGAAUAGUCAGAUUACAUGUCUUUCUUCACUUCCCAACAURAACAAUGAAUUUGUGUAGAAUCUUAAGUUAUUAUAGCAAUUUUGAAAGAUAUUCAUGAUUUUUAGAUUUACCAGGUUAUAGAAAUUAGGGUGUAGUGAUCACUUGUAGUAGUCAAAUAGGUUUUACGUUAUUUUACAUUAUGUUUUAUAUUUCAUGAGGGUGAGUGUAAAUAUAAGACUCAAYGAUGAUUUCCAUAUCUAACGUUCUUAURCRGAACAACUCUAAUAAAAAUAUACUUAUUAAUAGAUGGACGCUGUGACUACCAACAAGUUUGUGUGUGUUUUUUCAGACAAGUGUGAGCAUCUGUGUAUUUAUCCUUGACAAUCAAGUUUAAUGCAAAAAUGUGAAAAUGUUGGUCAUUAAGGUGUUAUACUUAAACCUAGGCAACUCCAACACAUUGUAUUAUAAGUAUGUAUAAUUAGUAAUGGGUGCUGUAAUGGGUAGUUCCAGAAAAUAUCCAUACCCCUACGAUGGGCGGCAUCGAUUUUUGACCCCCCUCUCUUCAGAAAUUCCAAAAUCGGUUUCCCCCCCUAUCCCCAGGAAUUCCAGAAUCCUUUACUAUGGAACUAUAGAACUUUACUAUAUGAACCACCCCCCCUCCCCUUUGGAAUUCCACAAUGCCGCCCAUCGUAGGGRUAUGGAUAUUUUCUGGAACUACCCAAUAAAUAAUUGAAUAGUUACAASAAAUUAAACAUUCUUGAAGACAAC